UCGCCCGCGCUCUCCGCCCGGUUGGUCGUCCCCUGCGGCGAGCUCGCGGUACCGGGAGUCCAGCGGGUCUGGCGUGGCGGGAAGCUUAAUCUGCGGAAGCCGCGGACUGGAAAAGGAGUGGUCCGGGAAGACGCGGCGCCGCGGGACAGUGCCACCAUGGGGACCACAGCCCCAGGGCCUAUUUGCCUUCUGGAUCUAUGUGACCAGAAACUCCUGGACUUUGUCUACAAUGUGGACAAUAAGGACUUCAUGUGGCUCAAGGAGAUUGAGGAGGAGGCUGAGCGCAUGUUUAUCAGAGAAUUCAGCAAUGAGCCAGAGCUGAUGCCCAAAACUCCUUCUCAGAAAAACCGUCGGAAGAAGAGGCGGGUGUCGAACAUUCAGGAUGAAAACAGAGAUCCUGUGAGGAAGAGGUUAUCCCGCAGAAAGUCUCGGAGCAGUCAGGUAGGUACCCGGCACCUUCGCAGCAAGCCGGUUACUGUUGCUGAGGAGAAUGGCUCCCCUGUGUUGCGGCGGAUAACUCGGGCUGCAGCUGCAGCUGCAGCAGCAGCAGCAGCAGCAGGGUCAGCAUUAGCACCUGUGGCAUCAGCUUCUUCCUCUCCCACUGCUGGGUCUCCCACAGUGCUGAUCAAGAAAGCUGUGGUGGAGGUAAGCACCAGUGAACGACUGAGUGCGGAACUGCAACUCACUAAGCUCAAAGGUAGCCUCCCUCCAUCUUCAGUUUCCCAAGGCACCCUGACAUCAGAGGAGGAACUAACACCCAAGAAAUCAGAGGCUGGAAGGCUGGACUCUGUCACAGUGAACUCCCUCAAGGCGACCCCUCAGAGCCCCAAGAACCGAGGGGUUGGGGAAGGACGUUCUGUUUCCAAGCUCAAGAUUGCUCGGGCCUCCCGGGGCCUGCAGGACUCUCCUGGCUCUACAGACUCACCAUGGCAAGAGCGCGUGCUUUCUCCUAUCCUGCCGAAUAACAUCUUGCCCACAACAGCCAAGAGCCCUCUUGGGAAUAUUCGGUCAGUGCGGCGAAGCCUGAUUUCCCAGGAUUCCCAAGUGCCACUAGCCUCCAAGUAUUGUUUGGUGGCCAAACAAGAAAAAGCCAGUCGCAGAUCAAGCAGGAUUGCCAAGAAGGCUGACAAAGAGCCAGAGGCCUCUGCUCGCAUCAUUUGUCACAGUUACCUGGAGAGGCUCCUGAAUGUUGAAGUGCCUCAGAAUGUUGGCCUGGAGCAGGAGCCUGUUGAGGUGGCCGAGCCUGAGGAGGCAGAAGAGGAGCAAGAGGCCUCCAAGAACAGUGGGUGUCCCUCCAAACCCCGCAGUGCCACCAAGAUUGUGAUUAGUACGCCCACCUCGAAGCCUGCGGCCGCUGGCCGAGCAUCUGUUGAAGAGCAAGAAGCUGAGCUUGACCAAACAGAUGGACACAGAGAGCCACCUCAGAGUGUCAGGAGGAAACGUAGUUACAAGCAGGCAAUGAAUGAACAGGAUGAGGAGCAACUGGAAGAUGAAGAACUGCAGCCCUGCCGGAACAAGACCCCUUCCCCACCCUGUCCAGCCAACAAGGUGGUACGGCCCCUCCGAACUUUCCUGCACACAGUGCAGAAGAACCAGAUGCUCAUGACCCCAACUCUGGCCUCCCGCAGCAGUGUCAUGAAGUCCUUUAUUAAACGCAACACUCCACUCCGUGUGGACCCUAAGUGCAGCUUUGUUGAGAAGGAGCGCCAGCGCCUAGAAAACCUGCGACGGAAGGAGGAGGCCGAGCAGCUGCGCAGACAGAAGGUAGAGGAAGACAAGCGGCGGCGACUGGAGGAGGUGAAGCUGAAACGUGAAGAGCGCCUUCGCAAGGUGUUGCAGGCCCGUGAGAGGGUGGAACAGAUGAAGGAGGAAAAGAAGAAGCAGAUUGAGCAGAAGUUUGCUCAGAUUGAUGAAAAGACAGAAAAGGCUAAGGAGGAGCGGCUGGCAGAAAAGGCAAAGAAGAAGGCAACUGCUAAGAAGAUGGAAGAGGUAGAGGCACGAAGGAAGCAGGAGGAGGAGGCACGCAGGCUCAGGUGGCUUCAACAGGAGGAAGAAGAGCGGCGGCAUCAAGAGAUGCUACAGCGGAAGAAGGAGGAAGAACAGGAGCGCCGCAAAGCAGCUGAGGCCAGGCGACUGGCAGAACAGCGGGAGCAAGAGCGGCGGAGGGAGCAGGAACGGAGGGAGCAGGAACGGAGGGAGCAGGAACGGAGGGAGCAGGAACGGAGGGAGCUGGAACGGAGGGAGCAGGAACGGAGGGAGCAGGAGCGUCUUCGGGCCAAGAGGGAGAUGCAGGAGAGAGAGAAAGCCCUGCGGCUCCAAAAGGAACGACUUCAGAGGGAACUGGAGGAGAAGAAGAGGAAGGAAGAGCAAGAGCGCCUGGCUGAGCAGCAACUGCAGGAGGAGCAGGCAAAGAAAGCUAAGGAGGUGGCAGCAGCCAGCAAAGUCCUGAACAUGACUGUGGAUGUGCAGUCUCCUGUUUGUACCUCAUAUCAAAUGACUCCACAAGGACCCAAAUCCGUCCCCAAGAUCAGCGUAAACGACUAUGGGAUGGACCUAAAUAGUGAUGACUCCACAGAUGAUGAGUCCCAUCCCCGGAAACCCAUCCCUUCCUGGGCCAAAGGCACCCAACUCAGCCAGGCCAUUGUCCACCAGUACUACCAUCCCCCAAACGUUCUAGAGCUCUUCGGAUCUAUUCUCCCACUGGACUUGGAGGACAUCUUUAAGAAGAGGAAGACUCGCUACCACAAGCGCACUAGCUCUGCUGUUUGGAACUCACCACCCCUGAAAGCCACCAUGGUCCCCAGCAGUGGGGACUAGACUAUAGCCUGAAGAGUCCAUGAGGCAGGCCCUGAAUCCUUUUGGAGCACAGGGCCCAUGUGUGUCUUUCUGUUUGUUUCUCUGUCUGUUUCUGUGUUGGGCUGGUGCCCUUCUGCCUGACAUGCCAUUGUUCAGGUGGAUAUCAAUGUCCUCUGUCAGGUGUUCCCAGACCUAUUUGGAGGAUGGGCUUCAUGCCUGGGGAAGAACCAGGUUCAGCACUGAUCACUCUGUAGGCAGUACUCUGUAAAUAAAUAGAUUGUUACAGUUCACUUGAAUGACUUUUAGUUUCUAGUGUUUGUGAGGUAGUUUAAUAAAGUAUAUAGCCCAAAGUCUGCUGUGGAUAUUGUGAGGACUAGAGGCUUCAAUGGAGUAUUGGUCUGCAGCAGUAUGUCUUGUGCCUUUACCUUCAGUGUGUGCCUAGAUCACUUGGUUGGGUCAGAUGGGGUCCCACCCAGAGGUUCUAAUGCGAGACAACUCCUGGGAAACACAUCAGCAUGUCCUGAUAGGGCAUUUGAACUUGCUUCCUGUUUGUAAAUGGAGCCUAUUCCUUGGGAAAGACCUGUCCUGUGACUCAGCUCUGCCACAUAGUCCCCGAGCCUCACCACUUCUCAAGCUCUGCCAUGUUUGCUACUGGGGAUUGGAAGGACUUGAAGUCCUCCUGCUGGGAGCUAAUCUGGAAAGGAAUGCCCCUCAAGCUGACUUUGGGACAUGUGCUUGCAAAUGGCGGUGGGAGGUGAGGAGGGUUAAAGUGCAAACCCAUCAGCUACUAUGUAAAUGCUCAGUGAAGGAUGGCUUUGGUCCUCAUAGCUCCUCAUGCCCCUUUUU